AAUAUUGUCACCUCUUAGUUGGAUCAUGUUUUGGGCUUUAAAGCCUCAGAUAGGGCCCAAACAAUUGGAUCUGCGUGCAGCUGGUAGGCGGAGGCUCCACAUUGGAGAACCCAUGGGCUUAUAUGGCCACCCAGGUAGGUCAGUGCAGGGACGCAAACUUGCGGCGGACAUUAGCACAAGGCUCCAUGGCCCAUGCUCAGCUAUAGGUACUUACACGAAAUUUUUUCUUCCUUUCAUCGAAUAGUGUAA